UAAUGUUAUUCCUAGGUUGUCAGUUUUGACAAUUCAUUUUAAUAACAUUACAAGAAAUUUUUGUCUCUACACUCUAGAUCAGUUUAUUUUAUUUCCAAAUUAAUAUAAAAAUGGCUGGGUCUGCAUUAAGAAGACUAAUGGCCGAAUAUAAACAAUUAACAUUAAAUCCCCCUGAAGGAAUUAUAGCAGGUCCGAUAAAUGAAGAAAACUUUUUCGAAUGGGAGGCUUUGAUAACCGGUCCAGAAGGUACUUGUUUCGAAGGUGGAGUUUUCCCAGCAAAAUUAAUAUUUCCUUCAGAUUAUCCAUUAAGUCCGCCAAAGAUGCAAUUUACCUGUGAAAUGUUCCAUCCAAACAUUUAUGCUGAUGGUCGGGUUUGCAUAUCAAUUUUACAUGCUCCUGGAGAUGAUCCUAUGGGUUAUGAAACCAGUGCUGAGAGAUGGUCACCUGUACAAAGUGUUGAAAAGAUUUUACUGUCUGUAGUUAGUAUGUUAGCAGAACCAAAUGAUGAAAGUGGAGCAAAUGUUGAUGCUGCUAAAAUGUGGAGAGAGAAUAGAGAUGAAUUUAACAGAAUAGCAGAGAAAAUAGUCAGGAGAACCUUAGGAAUUCCUUCAUAAUUUAUUAUUUGUUAUUUUUUUAUUUUAAUAUUUAAUAGAAUAUAAACAUUCUAUUAUUUUUAAAGUGUUGUUUUAAUUUUUUUUCAGUGAACACGUUAUAAAUUUGUCUAACUGUAUAAAGUAAAAAAAUAUUUUUUCUAAAAGGAUUUUGUUAAAUAAAAUACGUUUCACAUA